AUGGCAGGACAGUCGAAGCCCGUCCAAUUGGGCCCCUGGGGAAAGGCCACGGCUGGCGCUGCUGGUGCUUGUUUCGCCAACGUGCUUGUAUACCCGCUUGAUCUCAUCAAGACAAAACUCCAAGUCCAAGUCAAGAAGACCGUCGACGUCGAAAAGCAAGAGGCUGCGGCCGGCAAUGAACCUCACUACAAGGGAACAUGGGACGCCAUCACCAAGAUCAAGGAUGCCGAGGGUAUGGCCGGUCUUUACGCCGGCAUGAGCGGUGCGCUACUGGGUGUCACCUCGAGCAACUUCGCCUACUUCUACUGGUAUUCGAUUGUCCGCACGCUUUAUCUCAAGUACCAACAAUCGGAUGCCCACCCCUCGACCGCCGCUGAGCUGUCCCUUGGCGCCGUUGCCGGUGCGCUCGGCCAGCUUUUCACCAUCCCGAUCGCGGUCGUCACCACCCGCCAGCAAACGCAGAACAAGGAGGACAGGAAGGGCAUGAUCGAGACCGCCCGGGAGGUUGUCGAGGGCGAGGAUGGCAUCACCGGACUUUGGAGAGGCAUGAAGGCCAGCUUGGUGCUGGUUGUCAACCCGGCCAUCACAUACGGCGCGUACGAGAGGCUGAAGGAUAUUAUUUUCCCUGGAAAGAGCAACCUCAAGCCCUGGGAGGCUUUCCUUCUCGGCGCGUUGUCCAAGUCGAUUGCUACCAUUGUCACCCAGCCCCUCAUUGUCGCCAAGGUCGGUCUGCAAUCCAAGCCUCCUGCGGCUCGUAACGGCAAGCCUUUCAAGAGCUUCGUUGAGGUUAUGGAGUUCAUUGUCAAGAACGAGGGCGCUUUGAGCUUGUUCAAGGGUAUCGGGCCCCAGCUUCUCAAGGGCUUCCUUGUACAAGGCAUCUUGAUGAUGACCAAGGAGCGUGUCGAGCUCAUGUUCAUCCUCUUCAUGCGCUUCCUUUCGAAGCUCCGGUCGCAACGGCUCGGCAAGGCCGCUGCUUUGGCUGCCGCGGCAAAGGUUGCGUCCCCCGUCAUUGCCAAGUAG